AUGAAGACUAUUGUCAGCCUCAUACUCCCAGUUGUAUUGAGUAACUGGGUGUAUGACUGGCCUUAUGGUCAUUCUGGCGAGUGUCGUUGCAGGGAGAUCGACAUCGAAGUACCUACGGGGUACGAUGUUGAGAGGGAGUGCUUGAUCGGCUUCGCUAACGAAGAGUACGAGUUCUGCACAUUUGAGGGUCGUGGUCUGAGUGAGCAUCAGUGUAAUGAUGCUGUGAGUCUUACUUCUCAAACGACCAACGCCGAUUGCGAACACGAGUGCAUUAAAGCAGUUGUCGGGUCGAGCACUAUCGGCGAUUUCGCGGCUCAGUGCAAGCUAGAGACUGUAGUGAACUUUGGCGAUCGCGUUACUACCUUGCCUAUCACGUGCUUUACUAACUACGUUCUUGGAUAUGCUGACUUUAACCCCCAGAUUCCCGGAAGACUCGCCCCUUUAAAAGUCUUCGAGAACGUGGACACUGCUGCACGCUGUCAGAGUCUGUGUCAAGAGCUCUCGGACUGCGUUUGGUUCCAGUGGAGAGCUGUCCCCGACUGCAGCCUUGCGGUCGCUGGCUACGCGCCCUAUCAAGCGGCUGUGCACACGUGUGUGCUCUACGACAUCGAUUACGUUAACGCGGUCAUGAACGCUGACCUGGCGUCAAUCGCGCCCGACCGCAACGCCUGCGACAUCGACCAAUUCGAGGACAAGUGCAAUGAUCUCUUCAACGUUGAGUACUGGAACCCCUUCGCCCCCAUGCAGUGCCUCAGUUGUGAUUGCGAGCAGAAAUGCGCGUUCAAAACACACUCGCACGUCUCUGGUCCAGCCUACUGCGAUGCCGACGUGCCUACAGAACUUUGUGGAAUCAAGCCUCCCACUUCUCACACCACCGAAGAAGUCACCUGCCCUACCACUCAAGAAUGCGGUACCACCCCCCAACAGACCACCACUCAGCAGGCCACUACUCAACAGGAAACCACCGACUACAAGACCAUUCCCACUCGCCCCCCUACGCAGCCCACUACUGAGACCACGCCUAAGACCAGACCUCUUACCCAAUCCACUUACGAGUCCUCCAGCCGUACUAGGCCUGCUACCCAACCUACCUUCACCACUGUGCCUAAGAAUGCCCGCAUGGUUCCCUUUGAUACCGUCGAAGCCAUCGAGGACACCCAACUCGAUCAAGCGACUUCUACCGCCCCUGCUACCGAGGAAAAUACCACUACUCAGCUGGAGACCACUACUCAGCUGGAGACCACUACCGCUGAGACCACUACCGCUGAGACCACCACUGGACUUGAUACCACUACCACUGAAACCACUACCACUGACCUGAUCACCUCCAAUCCAGACCGUGCUGCUCCUGAAGCCGGUAGCAAGUCUGGUUGA